AUAUAAGGAAGCGGAAGCGGAAGCGGGGAGUGUUCGUGAAUUGCAAAUAUAAGACGGCUAGUCAGAGAAAACGAAUUCAUUUGACUCUCGUUCGGGUUGCGCUUUGUCGGAACUUGGAACCGCCAUGGUUGGCUCUUCCGAUUCAAACCCAUUGCCCGGCGCCGGCGGCGGAGCCUCUAAGUUCCUCGCCGACCUUCCCUCCCGCGGCCUUUUCUCCUCCACCGUCAUCUCUGCUAAUCCGGGUGGAAUGCGGGUUUAUCUUGGUGAUCAUGACACAUCACCUCCAGAGGACCAGCUGAUAAAGACAAACCAAAUGAACAUAUUGAUUAGGUCUCUUAUGCUUAAGAAACAGAAGGGUGACUCCAGUUCAAAAGAUGCAAAGGGUACAGCUGCAAAUGAAGGUUCUAGAAAGAGGUCUGCUGAAAGACAAUCGGAUGGCAGGGCUUCAGCCAAGAAGCCAGUGACAAGCACUCAAAUUGCUUCUCAACAAGGAACAUCAAAGUCUCGUUUACCUGAAAAGGACUUGCAGAGUUUGACUGUUGAGAGACUCCGGGUUCUUUUGAAGGAGAGAGGUCUUUCCUUGAAGGGAAAGAAGGAUGAACUGAUUGCUCGAUUAAGAGGUACAAAUGGCUAAUCGUAUGAUGGAAAAGUGGAAAGUGUCUACAUCAGAAGCUAGGACGGGCGUUUUUCUUCUGAUGUAAGUGCUUCUUGGAGAUAAUUUACAGUGAGAAGAGUCAUCGUCCUCCCAAGACUGCAUUUUGUAUGGUUUUGUGUGUUAGUGCUUUGGUCUAAACCAGCAGAUAGUAUGUUUGUAAUGAGAGAGGUUUGAAUUGAUAAUGCUCAGAGAAGUGCAAACCUGAUCACCAUAUUCUCAUUUCUAAAGACUUUUUGCAAUCGGCUGUUCAUGUUCUUUUGCCCCUAAGCUCUAUAGAAAGUCACAGGCAAUGUUCCAGUGUUGUUGUCC